GCUCGCGAGACGCUAAUCCAGGGCGCGAUUUUUUCGUUCCCCUCUCUAUCUCUCGCGUCCAUGGCGUCCUCGUCUCUCCUCGUCCGGCUCGCCUCCGACGAGAUGCCCCAAACCCUAGAUGCGUCGUCGUCGUCUUCGUGCUACGACGCCUUCGUGCCGGUGUUCCACCCGGAUCCGUCGUCGGGGUUCUCGGCGGCGUCGGUGGUGGCGGCCGCCGACCGCCUCCGCAGCCAGUUCCUCUCCGUGGAGCCCGACCUCUUCCACGACGCGCUCGUCGCGCCAAGCCCCGACCACCUCGGCUUCCCCGAUGAGGAGGAGGAGGAGGAGAUCCGGUGGGAUUGCCUCCAAUUGGAUGACGACGACGAGGAGGAGGAGGGGGUGGCGGAUCUGCGGCUUGAGGCCUCCAACGCGGCGGAGGAAUUCGAUUGGGAGGAGGUGGCAUCGCCCUCCGGCGGCGCCGGGAUGGAUCAGCCGGAGCCCGAGUGGGAGGUCCUCGCCGACGUGCCGCCGCCGCCGCCGCCGCCCGCCGACGAGGGCUUCGUGUACACCUCCGACCGUGACGUGUACGAGGUGCUCGUCGGGGAGGGUUUGUUCCUGAAGAGCAAGCCGCCCGCGGCGAGGUCGGCCGUCGAGGCGCUACCGUCCGCCGUCGUCGCCGCCGGCGAGGACGGCGAAGGGGAGGAGUGCGCGGUGUGCAGGGACGGCGUCGCCGCCGGGGAGCGCGUGAAGAGGCUGCCCUGCUCGCACGGUUACCACGAGGAGUGCAUCAUGCCGUGGCUCGACGUGCGCAACUCGUGCCCGCUCUGCCGCUUCGAGCUGCCCACCGACGACCCCCAGUACGAGAGCUGGAAGGCCUCGCGAGCUGCGGCUGCCUGAAUUGCUGCGCGGUAAAAAAAAAAGGCAAGCCUUUCUUUUCUUGCACAGAUUUUAUAGAGUUGUAUGUCUUGGGUUUCAAACUGGUACUAUGAUGAAAGAACCAAACUGGUAUGAUGAAAGAAAGCGUAGAGGUAGUCGCAGAGAUGGUUUUGCACCUUUCGAUUUGUUUACUUUUUUUCUUAAAAGAGGGAUUUGUGUUGUGACUUAAGGUUGCGAGGAUAUUACAUAAGUUUAUCCUAUAUAUAUACUGUUGUAUUUAUUCUGAAUUUGUAGAGUAGCUUCUGUAUUACAUUUUGCCCUGCAGCACAAUUUUGUAAAUGGAUAUGGUGGUGAAAAUUUCAGCAUGUGGGUGUUCCUGAUUCAACUCUAAUGAGUUUUAUUUUUCUGACUUAUUUGUUGCAAAUUCAUAACAACGUGAUUAAUUAUGUGUGUGAGUUUCCAUUU